GGUGCCUGGAGACGCAUUGAUAUCGACGACCGCAUCUUACUUGAUGAUGCUAACAAUCAACUAAUUCCUGGACUAACUUCCGGAGAACUGUGGCUUCCGUUGAUUUGCAAGGCUCUAGCAAAGAUUGCCUAUUUUGACCCAAUAAUGACUAAUGAAACAUGGACGUUAUUGACGUCGGUGCUGCGAGAUUGGCAAGACUUUAAUAAAAGCAGCCCAUGCACUCCAAGUAAACCCAAAAUUCAGGAUGACAGGAAUGAACCAAAUGCGAUUGUGCAUAUUACAACUCCCUGUUUUUACAACUAUUCCUGUUCAUCCGGAAAAAUUUGUGCUUUUCUAACAUCCAAGAGGAGUGUCGUUGAGCAGGAAUUUCUUGAGGCCUUGAAACGCACACCAACCAGAGCGCUGCUGAAGGCUCUUCGACGGCAGCUACUCGUUAGUGUCGAGGACCUCCCACCGGUUCCAGCUUGGAAGAAGGUUCGUGGACCACCCCGAUCUCUGAAGGUGGACGAGGAAACUGAGCCUAUACGCGCUGUUCUGCUGCGUUUACCUGGGGAACAGCCCCACAGCAAAACAAACGGGGAGUUGGCCACGGAAACACAACGUGCAUCUGACUCCACUGCGAAUAACCGUGGACCCCCGAUGGCAGGCAUUGAUGCACCUCAGCAACAAGACCACGGGAAGCUUGUAAUUGAACCGGCAACCUGGCUGCUUCCACAUCGAACAGCCCCUACCAAGACACUUUCCACGGGAGCGCAUAUUUCGACACCACUAAGACUGCAACCAGGACGCCAUUGUUUCCGUAUUUUCGUUGAAACGCCAAUGGCCUUCGCCCUUCACAUAUUUGUUCCUUCCGCCAAUCGCGAGCGAACGAAGUUUGUGAUUGGACCAAUCGACGUUUGUUUGCCCGCGACAACAACGCAGCCACUUCGGCUGAUCGACAGCGGCCAGAAAUUGCUGGAAACCUUUUGUAAAGUGGCCAAAACCUUGCUAGAAAUUAUUGAAAAGGAGUUGGCAGCGGAGGAGGAGGACGAUGUCACUUCACCGCAUUACUACGAGGAAGUCCGAAAUUCGCUGACUCAUUGUGCUAGAGAACUGUUUCCUGGAAUAUCGACUAGAGAAUUAGAAAAGGCGAUUUACAGAAACCUUUCGAAUUCGAUAAGCCGACAUCAGGACAAAUCUGAGCCUCUGGAUGCUGAGUUUGCGUGGAAGGCUUUGCUGAGAGAUCCAUACGCAGUUUUAGGGACUGAGUUGUCAUCGCUUGAAACCCACCAACAGGAACAGUGCAGUGCUGGGGAUGAGAAGGAGGUAUCGGGGGAGGUUCUUCGGGGACUCGUCACAAUUCAGGCUGCGUUUCGUGGCCGUUGGACGCGACGCAUCUUGAGAGCUGGCAAAUGUCCUCUGCCGGCGCUACCCAAUCGGAAGGGCCCGCGUAAUUCAAAUUUAGUGACUUCACCUUUACCAGGCCAAUCAGAUCCCUCGGACUUGGAUCGGGCAUCGAGGGAAAUGCGGCGUCUCCUCGUGUGCCUUAAGGAGCCCAGCGAUGCGGAAAUGGCAAUUCUAAUUCGUGGCAUUCUUCAACAACUUGGAUGUCCACAUCCGCAAGACGAUGCCAACUUCGUUGCUACGACAACCCAUGAAGGUGCACUGCGGAACACAGGUGACAGCCCAAUUGGACGAAUAUGCACAUCUCCACUGCCCCACACCCAAUCUGCCACAGAGAAACAUCAUCUGGGUCUAUUGUUUCAUCAGACUUUCGCAGUUCCCACGCCAUCAGACGGCCUAGUUCAAAUGAGGACGCUACUGGACGUACACCAAGGCAUUCCCAGUCUCUUCGUUGUCAACAAUGACUCAGGUAGUAACGUGGAGGAGGUGAGGCUCGGAAAAUGGAAUGAUUUCAGUCAACCGUUUGCUUCAAAUAGCUUCGGGUACACUCUGGUUGGGCUGUUGCCUGAAUCCACACCGGGCACGAAAUGGAAACUGAGUUUCCUUGAAGAGGGGUGGCGUGGAACGCGCAGCGGUUUGGUCUUUUCCGCAAUUCGUACUCAGUUCUCAUUUUGGGAGUUAACUGGACCUUUCGAGGGAAACCCGGAUGGCCUACUUUUUCGGUACGAUUUACAAAUCACAACGCGUCAAGUGGUGACAGCUACUCUCAAGCUCUCCGGCCAUUCCACGCCUGCCAUACUCGUUGUGCGUUCAGAACAUGGAGAAGUGUUGCAUGUUUCGAAGGAACGUCCAGGUGAAGCAGUGUUGCCAGCCUUCCUACUUGGACCCCAGUGGAAGAAGCAGGUCGACGUGGAAGACGCCUUGGACGUUGUCUCGGAAGCAGCGCUUGGAGACGAGUCUAGUGCCACACCUUCACAAGCUAUCGAUUCGUCUAGGGCUUCAAAGAAGCCCAAGUCGAUGCCCGCUCAAGUGAGUGGCGUUCAAACUUUUGGAGCCUGUUGGAAAUAA